UACGGAGCUCUUCAAUGUAUCCAGCAAGAUUUUAAGAAAACGAGCCAUGCCUAGGGACGUUGGUGCCUAUUUAGCUGAACAACAGCGGAAAACAACCGGGGAUUUAGCCACAGACUGGGGACAGCUUGAAGAAUUAUACAACAAAAAGUUAUGGCAUCAGCUAACAUUAAAGUUAUUAGAGUUUGUGAAAAAUCCAAUAUUCACAAAAGGAGAUGGCCUUAUAAGGAUGUAUGAGAACUUUAUUGCUGAUUUUGAGCACAGAAUAAACCCUUUGGCCCUGGUGGAACUGGUGGUUUUUGUUGUCAGACAGAUCACAGAUCCCAAAAAUGCCAUUGAAUUUCUUGAAAAAGUUACAGAGAAGGUAAAAGGUACCGAGACAGCAAGAGUGCUCUGUCUUACCACAAUGGGAACAAUCCGACUCAAGAUGAAAGACCUUGAGACCACAAAGUCUCUAAUAGAGGAGUGCAGAGACAUCCUGGAAAAGAUAGAUGGCAUAACACCUGUUCAUGGCAGAUUUUACGAACUCUCAAGUAAUUACCACAAGCUGAUGGGCAACCAUGCAGAAUAUUAUAAGGAGGCCCUGCGUUACCUUGGCUGUACAAACCUGGAUGAUAUUCCUUCUGCUGAGCAAGUAGAGAGAUCAUUUAACUUGGCAUUAGCGGCCUUAUUGGGACAGGGUGUCUACAACUUUGGGGAAUUGCUUGCCCACCCAAUUCUGGAAUCUUUAAAGGCUUCAGACAAGUCAUGGCUGGUUGAUCUAAUGUUCGCUUUCAACAGCGGUGACAUUGCUAAAUUUGAGGAGUACAAGACUAAGUGGGUGUCACAGGCGGAUCUAGCAGCUAAUGAAAUACCUCUACGACAAAAGAUUUCCCUCUUGUGCUUAAUGGAAAUGACGUUUAAAAGACCUGCAACAAAUCGACAGUUGACAUUCAAAGAAAUAGCAGAUGAAACAAGGCUUCCUGUCAAUGAGAUUGAGUUGUUGGUGAUGAAGGCAUUAAGUCUGGGUCUAGUUAAAGGCUCAAUAGAUGAGGUGGAUCAGAAAGUUCAUAUGACCUGGGUACAGCCUCGUGUCCUUGACCUCCAACAGGUUUCCACAAUGCAGAAAAGACUGGAACAGUGGUGUGAAGAUGUCACUCAGAUGGAACGGUUACUUGAAGUGAAAGCUCACGACAUCCUCACUUAAUUAUGUGAUCUCUUAGAUUCUUAAGGUUGCCUUGAUCAUGUGACAUUUUUUUUUCAACAGGGUCAGGUGAGGCUUGACCAUGUCAUAUGAUUGACCGCAGACUCAAAAUAAUUGUAUAAAGUGCUUGGACUCAUCUGAUUAACAUAGACAGCCAUACAAGAUAUUCUUUGUUGUCAUUUUUGUCAUGAUCAUAAAUAUUGAACAAUGUUAGGAAUAAAAUGUAUAUGACCAAA